AGUGUCUGGAAGACCGAGCUCGCAUACACCCUUAGUAACGCAGCGGCCAGGACACAGGCCCUGCCCUGAGGGGAUAUUUUCUGCAUCUCACCUGCCCGACCGCCCACAGCCUUCCGGCCCGACUCCCUACCCAGGCGUCACAAGCCCAGACGCUUAAAUCCCCAGGGAGGACGGAGAAACACAUUUCCCCGCUACCAAGAGGGAGGUUGGAGCCGACGCCUGCGAUAAAACAGUGUCUGAUUGUCUGCCCGCCCGCCCCCGACCCAGGCAUAGAUGAAUGGGCUGAAAGGCAAUCGGAGCCGUAAGAGGAACGGGCGCCCGGGCUGAACUCCAGCUGCCACCUGGGGGGAAGGGUGACACUAACGCCCCCCUUUUCCACCUUUCAGACUGGCUCAGAUGUCUUCUCCAUCUAGCCUUCCCCUGCUUUCUUUUACUUACUUGGAGCUUGCAUUUCCACCAUUCGUUUUUAAAUUUUGCCUUUUCUCCCUACCUCAUUCCAAGUCACCCCACACCCAGCGUCCCCCCAAAAGAGCGUGAGCAACUAACCUGGUGUUCAAGUGCCAACUAAUAUGGGGGAAGAAAUAUAUUUUGUACCUUUUUUUAGUCUUAGAAAUAAACUCAGACUAGGUAUCCAGCAUGCCUGUAAUCCCAGCACUCAAAAGACUGAGGCACAAGAAUCCUGCAAGUUUGAGGACAGACAUCCUGGGCUACACAAUGAUUUCAAGGCUAGCCUGAACUACAUAAUGAGAUUUUGUCUCAAAAAGAUAAUAAUCUCAAGACCUGUCUUGGGGCCAGAGGUGGGAAUUCACAAGUGAACCUUCCCUGUCCAGCUUCCAAUUCUAACUGUCCUUCAAUCUUGUUUCUCUUCCCACCCCUGCCUCUAGCUCUGCCCUCUCAAGGACAACCUGUUUGAGUUUCUGUGUAUGUGUUGAGCAAAUAAGGGAAAAACAAGUGACAUUUUCUCAUUUUCCUUCCAGGUGCCCUUCAGAUCUUCUGUCUAGUUGGCUGCAUUUCACUUGCUAUCCCCAAUGGAGCAUAGAUGGGAGUAGAGAAACAAGAAUGAGGUAGGGAAGGAAAGGUUUGAGAAAAAGAGAGGAAAAGGACUGGGCCAAGACAAGUUAGCUGCCUUCCUAUCCCUGGAUUCUCUUUGAUUCUACACAAACCUUGACCUUUCCUUCUGCCAUCACAUUCACUACCCCCAGGUUCCUCCUACCACUCCCAGAGAGGACGCCAAAACCAGAAAUGACAGCACAGGCACAGGAGAAAGAACAGUGGUAUUUUCCUUCUGUUUGUCAGCCCACUCAGACAGAACCAUUUCUAACUCAAAGGCAAGUUCUUUCUACUACUAGUAACUGGAGAGUCUAGGGCAGGUCAUUUGAGGCUGGAGGCCCCACACAGCCAGAUUGUGCUGGGGCAGAGGGAGGGGUCUCUAAAACAAAAUAAGCUAAGAGUUCAUGGGUGAGAAGUUAAUGUAGCUAGGGCCAGAAAGGGACACUCCAACUGGGACCUCAUUUUAUCACAGUAAUCCUAGGAUGCAGACAAGGUACUCCCCUCCACACACAUAUAAUACCACCACUACUCCCUAUUUGGAAGGCUGGGAAUUUAGCUCAGUGGCAUAAGUGCCUGCCUUGCAAGCGCGAGAUCAUGAGUUUGAACCCCCAUACCAAAAAAAAAAAAAAAAAAAAAAAAAUAGCAAUACUACCUAUUUAUGCAGAAGGAAAGACUGAAGGCCAAAGAGCUGACAUGCUCUCAAGGGGCAAAACUGGUGCAAUAAGCAGCUUUCCCACUCCUACCUCUUCCUUAGCAUGGAUGUUUACAUAAAACCUACUUAUUGUCUGCAUUGUUCCCCUAGAAGGGAACAUUCAGCCCCCUCCUGUCCCAAUAGGAUCCUUGCCUGAUGGAGUCCAGAGUAAAGAAGAAGUAGGGAUCCUUGCCAGUCACAGGACCAAAGAUGAGGCUUCUGGUGUCUGGCAUGGCUUUGAGAGGAGCUGCUGCCCAGCUUCCAAGAGCUAAGGACUAGAGGCCGGGGAUUGAUUGAUUGAUUGAUUGAUUUUGUCUUUUUUCUUUUUAUCAGUACCGGGGAUCAAACUCAUGACCACCUGCCUGCAAGGCAGGCGCUUAUGCCACUGAGCUAAAUCCCCAGUCCCCGAGGCCGGGGAUUUAGUUCAGCAACAUAAGUGUCUACCUGGCAAGUGCUAGGUUGUGAGUUUGAUCCUCGGUACGGAAAAAAAAACCCCUAUGGGCUAAGGAGUCUGUACAGAGCCUUCAUGUGUAGAGCUGGAAGCAGCAGAGCUCAGGGAGUUGCCUCUCACUUCUGGGACCUACAAACAAACCAGAGUUGGACUCAGAGUCUCGAUUCCUGGUGCAAGAUAUCUGGGCAGAGGUUCCAGUGAGAAGAAAGCUCUGGUCAAGAGUGAACAGAGUGUGUGAGCAGCAGGGGAACACGCUGGAAGGGAAGGGGCGGCAAGGGCACACCAAAUCUGACACAGCUGCAGCUUUCUCUGCUAGAGGGAGGAAGAGAAGGGGAGGAAAGCGCAAGUGAGCCUUUGAGUGUAGCUGCAGCCCGAACAUCCUGGAAAAUGGCUCCACCAACCCAAGGAUGAUCAGUGGGGCCCCAGAACGUUCAGUAAUGCCAGAGUAGGCAGACACGUUCCUGACUUAGUUUCCUUCUGGUGAGUGAAAGCAGGGAGCUGGCACAGCUCUGCAAGGUUGCAGGAAAAAGGUUCUCACAUCUAAAGAUGCCACCCAGAGAGUGUUCACAGACAGCUCACAAGCCAGGGAACCUGCCUCCCCUUCCCACUCCUCUCCCCCUCCCCUGCGCAGUCGGCCCCCGCCCCCGCCCCGCCUCCGGUGUGAGAUUGGGGGCGGGUGGCGCGCAGAGCCGAGAGCAGCCGAGCGAGCGCCGACGCCACCUGAUCCCCUCCAAGCGCAAAGAGGCUAUCGACCCAGCACUCUGCGCUCAGGGCCCCGGAGUCCUCGGACCCCUGGGGAUUUCGGAACAAGGGCCAGAGGGAACUGGGAGCCCCUCCUCACCCGGAUCAGAGAUCGAGCCCGCGCGUGCGGCCAGUCCUGCUAGGACCUGGAGCCCAUCUUCUCUGCCUCCUGCAAACCUGUCUGCCUCCUUCUCUUGCCAGGCUUCUCGGGAACCCUGGCCCUGCUACCAGAGCCCCAGGACCCCCCAUGAGUGCUGGUGGAGGGAGUCCUGGAUAGCAAGGCCCUGGGUGGACCAGAGGUAGGCACUCCACCAUGCCACCCAUUCUCCAGCGCCUGCAGCAGGCCACCAAGAUGAUGACCCGCAGGAAAAUCCUGCUGUUGGUGCUGGGGUGCAGCACUGUAAGCCUUCUCAUCCACCAGGGGGCACAGCUCAGCUGGUACCCCAAGCUGUUCCCCCUGAGCUGCCCUCCUCUGCGGGAGUCUCCGCCGCGUCCCAAGCACAUGACAGUGGCCUUUCUUAAGACGCACAAGACAGCAGGCACUACGGUGCAGAAUAUCCUGUUCCGCUUCGCCGAGCGCCACAAUCUGACGGUGGCCCUGCCGCACCCUAGCUGCGAACACCAGUUCUGCUACCCACGUAACUUCUCAGCGCACUUCGUGCAUCCGGCCACCCGACCGCCACAAGUGUUGGCCAGCCACCUGCGCUUCGACCGCGCGGAGCUUGAGCGCCUUAUGCCGCCGGGUACCAUCUACGUCACCAUCCUGCGUGAGCCAGCUGCCAUGUUUGAGUCGCUCUUCAGCUACUACAACCAGUACUGCCCGGCCUUCCGGCGCGUGCCUAACGCGUCACUGGAAGCCUUCCUGCACGCGCCGGAAGCCUACUAUCGCGCGGGUGAGCACUUCGCCAUGUUCGCGCACAACACUUUGGCCUAUGAUCUGGGCGGUGACAACGAGCGCAGCCCACGGAACGACGCGGCCUACCUGGAGGGUCUCAUCCGCCAGGUGGAGGAGGUCUUCUCACUCGUGAUGAUCGCCGAGUACUUCGAUGAGUCGCUAGUACUGUUGCGGCGUCUACUGGCCUGGGAUCUGGACGACGUGCUCUACGCCAAGCUCAACGCGCGCGCCGCUAGCUCGCGCCUGGCCGCCAUCCCUGCAGCGUUGGCGCAGGCGGCGCGCGCCUGGAACGCGCUAGACGCUGGCCUCUACGACCACUUCAACGCCACCUUCUGGCGCCGCGUGGCGCGCGCUGGUCGCGCAUGCGUGGAGCGUGAGGCGCAGGAGCUGCGCGAGGCUCGCCAGCGCCUUCUCCGCCGCUGCUUCGGCGACAAGCCGGUUCUGAGGCCGGCUGCGCAGAUCCGCACCAAACAGCUUCAGCCGUGGCAGCCCAGCCGCAAGGUGGACAUCAUGGGCUAUGACCUGCCAGGUGGUGCAGGUGGCGCUGGCCCCGCCACUGAGGCCUGCAUCAAGCUGGCCAUGCCUGAGGUGCAGUAUUCAAACUACCUGCUGCGGAAGCAGAAGCGCCGCGUCAGCGUGCGGGCUCGCCCUGAACCUGUCCUGGACAAUCCACCCCCAAGACCCAUCAGGGCACUGCCCCGCGGCCCCCAGGGCCCCUGAGCACUACAUGCCUGCCAGAUAACGGCUCCUGCCUUGUCCUCCCAGGAGGAGGCUUUCUCCAGGUCCUGCCUCUUCAGGACCCUUUUUUCCCAGGGCCUUGAGCCCUACACCGAAAUUGGGAGUGUGUCUCUCCAUCUGAGCCCACCUCUCCAGCCUGGCCGAGUGCCACCUUCAGGAAUAGCAUUGAUAUGCCUGAUUGAGGCCUGGGAGGCCACCCUGUCCUUCCCAGCUAGUUGGUAACUUUAACAAGAGGUUAAGGACCUUCUAAGACUGACCACCCUGCCUUUUUCUGGGGGCUGAGCCCCCCAGUCCACCCCACAGUCUUUUCCAAGUAGUUGAGUGCAAGAGCCAGAAAAGGAGCCCUGGGAAAAGGGGUACUUCCUGACAGUUGUGGGGCUCUCACUCUUCCCAGGGCUGUAGAAGCCCAUACUGUCUGUCUUCCAGGUUCUAGCCUCCCCACAGACUUAAGCUGCUCCCACACUCCCAGAACCAAGAAUUCUGGGGUUGGACUUUUUGUUUGGUUUUCGUUUUUUUUUUUUUUUUUUAAUAAAACAUCUUUGAAAUGUG